AUGUUUCAAUCAUGUUCGAUAAACAAAUGUACUCGUACAUCACGUGGGCUUUGUGACUGUUGCCAACAAAAACUUUGUUUACAACAUUUAAAUGAACAUAAUGCUACACUUCUUGCUCAACUAAAUCCUUUAACUGACCAAGCUAAUACACUUGGACAUCGUCUUAAAACAUUAAAUAUACACACAGCUAUUGCAAAUAGUCGUCAAAAACUUGAACAAUGGCGUCAAGAUUGCUACAGAAAGAUUGAUUGUUUAUUUGAACAAAAAUGUCAAGAACUUGAUCAACUUGUUAAUGAAACAGUUAACCAAAAACAAGAAGAACUCAAUCGAAUACAUUCGAAAAUAACUGAACUUAUUUAUGCACAAGAAACAACUGGUCAAGAUAUUGAUUUAUUGAAAUCAGCUAUUCGUCAACUCGAAACAAAUAUGAACAGCAUCGAACAAACAUAUUUUACAAUAAAUACUUGUCCAUUAAUAUUAGAUGAUACGUUCAUUUCUAUUACGAAAACAAUUGAAAAAGGGCUUGAUCUAUCAACUCUUUCACUUGUUUACAAAACAAUUAUUUGUCCUGAAGGUAGUUUUGGAUCUCUAACUUGCAAUGAUCGAUAUAUAUUGAUACAUCAACAUCCAAAUUUGUGUUUAUUUGAUCGAGAAAUAAACAUAACUAAACAAACUUUAUGGUUUUACGGUGCAAUUCAUGAUAUGUGUUACUCAUCAACAUUAGAUCGAUUCAUUAUACUUGGAAAACAGAACAUCUAUCUCAUUGAUGAAUCUACAAUGUCAAUUGAUGAUGUACACACAAUUGCAGAACGAAACUGGAAAUCAUGUGCAUGUUCUGAUACAGUUCUCUUUGUAUGUACAAAUGAAUGGGCUUCAUCUAUAAUGGAAUUUACAUUAUUCUCAGAAAUCAAAUUAAUUCAUGAAUGGAAAUAUCCUGUUACAUGUAACGAAAAUGAAAUUAUUCAUGAUAUGACUUACAAUAAUAGAAAUCUUGCUUUAAUAAUUAAAAAUAAAUCCCAGAAAUCACUUCGAAUUGAAUUGAGAUAUGUAAAGACGUUUGAUCGCAUUUGGACACUUCAAAUUGAUACUGCAUGCGUUCGAACAAUACCAUUUCGUUGUUGUUCGCUCGUUUGUAAUGAAUGGCUCUUUGCUGAUUAUGAGACUGGACAUUUGUUACAGAUUACAAAAGAUGGAAAACUAAAGAAAACAAUUCCAUAUCAUCCAAAUCCUUGGUGUGUUAUUCUGUUCGACCGAAAUAAACUCGUUGUAUCAACUAUGGAUGAUGUUAGGCUGCAUACUAUUCAGCAAAAUGACUGA